GGCGACGUGCGAGUGGUGUAUUUAAACAUGUUGUUGCCAGUAGGUAAGAGUUUCGACGACCAGUGUUAAUUUGUGCCUCAAAUGUAGAAUGUCAGAACAAAAACGUGUUCCUUUUCAAUCCCUGGGCACAUCGAAAAAGGAGAAAAAGGGCGAGGAUUUCGUACAGUCGUACCGUUUUACGCUCACCUUACCAGAGUCGAACGAGCAGGCAUGUCCCGAGUUCGACUACUGCGAGCUCCUCAAAUCGGCGGAGAAAAAACGGAAAAAAGAAAGUAAUAAAAAGGGCGAUGAGAACAACACUGUCAAUGGCCUGGACCCACAUGAUGACGAUGACGAUGAGAAACUGCAGGAGAUGGCGAAGAGAUUCGAAGCUAAAUAUGGAAUCAACGAUUAUGUCGACCUUGGGGCUGGGUAUGACGAAUCAGAUUCAUUCAUCGACAAUACAGAUGCCUACGACGAAAUUGUACCCAAAGAGGUGACGACGGUGAGAGGAGGUUUCUACAUAAAUUCUGGUCUUCUCGAGUUCAAAGCUUCGGAGAGAAACUCGCUAAUCGGUAAUAUCAAUAACAACAACAACAACAUCGAGGAUGAGAGCAGCGAAAGUAGUGAAGAGGAAACUGAGGAACCAAGCAGCCCUAAACAGCCCAAAAAACGUGUCCUAUAUAGCUCGGAAGAGGAUGAAAUUGAGGAUGCUGGUAGCGACCAUCAGCCCAAGAAAGCCAAGCUCGACGAUGAUAAUGUAGAAAAGAAUUCUAGCAACGAUGUAAUAUUGAAGAAAAAAAAGAAACAAGAACAAUCGAUAUUAAAUAGGCAAAAAAAUCCAGUCGUCAGAGACCUACUUAAAGUUAAACGGGAAAUUCGUGACGGCGAGUUGGCAGACGAUCAAGAUGGGGGUGAGAAAAAAAGAGUUAAUAAAAUUGAACCUAGUAAAACGAAAAGUAUAUCGGAAAAAAAAUUUGAUAUUAAAAGAUUUGAAAAAAAAGCAUCUAGCAAUGGGUUGGAUGUUAAAAAACCUGAGAUGAAAAAAAUUGACGACACUAUAGAAAGUGUUGUUAAUGCAGCACGUGUCGAGGAUCAGUCAAGCUCCGAUACUAUGGAUUCUGGUAAAUCUAGAAGUAUCAUUUGCUCUAACUCCGACUGCGAUGAAGCGAUGGAUAAGGAAGAAUCUCCCCUGCCAGAAAUGCUCACCGAAGACGUGAAGGAAAUAAUAAACAAAUUGAAACUCCAUGCCGAGAAUAGUAAAGAAGGAAAGACCAAGUUCUUCAAUGGUCCAAUUAACACUGAUCUCUUUAGCUUAGAGAGGAAACUGCGUUUGAGGUACUCGGCCGGUGUGAGACUCCAAACUUAUGCACAUUUAGCCCAUUUUUUACCGUGUAGUAAACCCACCCUUGUUAAUCGAGCAAAAAAACUGUAUCUUCAAGAUGUAGAAGACAAAGUAAAAGCGCCAAUUGAGAGGUUAAAGGCAUCUAUCGAUAGAAUAAUGCCAUCUGUAAUGGUCAAGUACACGAGGGACUGCCAGAGAGUUAGUGACGAAAACCCACAAUUGUACUGGGAGAUAUAUCGGUACUGUUGGGGGGUCGAAGGUUCUCCGUCAGAUGUGGAAAGCAGCGACGGAGACGACAGCGGUAAUAAAUCGUCGGAGAAAUCAAAAGUUCCUCAAAGAAGGUUUCCAUGGAGUGAUGAAACGAAGAGAUUAGUGGCUGAGAUUGCUGCCGCACGAAGGGAGUACUUUGAAAUAUUAAAACCAAGAAAAGAAACCGUUGAAACUUUCGUCUCGUCGUUUAUGGAUGCCAGAGUACGACCGCUCUGGCCUCCGGGAUGGGUUCGACUGCAGACCUUGCUCAAGUAUUCCAAUCCUCAACUACAGAUAAAGAGGAAAGCAAAAAAGCUUAAAGAUGGUUCUGCACAGCCCGGCACAAACCCAGGACUUUUAACGUCUAGCUUAAUUGGUACGACAUCGACCAUGACGAAAGGAGAUCGUUUAGCAGCAAACAACGAGGUAGUGGUGGUAAAUCAGCCGGAAAGAGACAACAAAAUGCCCACGAAUUAUUCGAAAUCAGUCUCCGUUAAUUCGUCAGACAUCCAGAUGAACUGCCUAUCGUCUAAUCAAGGUAUGAAAUUGAACGACACUGCGAACAUUGCCCAAACUUCACAAUCUGAUAAAAAAUCGUGUUCGAAAUCGUCCAAGGAUGUGAAACGCGAAAACCCAGCAACGAGUCAGUACAGCCCGACUUCUUGUACGACAACGAAUGCUGCAAACGUUGCGAAAAUAUCCGUAGUACCUACCGCACAACUAAUGCCGCCCAAAUCCAAGUUGGAUAAAUUCAAUCCGAUGGAUCUGACGAGCAGUUCUCUGUCGAUAACACCAGUGAAUGACUAUCACAAGUCGGGAAAAACCAGCGAGACAAAGGAUUUAAAAAAGGAACGCCAGCUCGACACCAUUUCCAUAACUCCCUGCGCUGAUAGCGCAACAGAUGAUGGAGGGGCAACAGUUCCUCCUUCUGUCUCUUACCACUCGAGUGCCUCAAUUCAAACAGCUCCUCACUCAAAGCUGAUGCCGUUGAAGCAUCGGAUAUUGCAUGAGAGUCUGGACAUGAAGGAAGAGAAGGCGAUCGGAGAUAAGGAAACGACAGACACGCACAAGACUGAGAGGAAAGAGAAAAGGGAGAAACGGGGCUCAGAGAACAGGCACAGAUCGCAUGAAAGUAAAAAAGCCAAGAAGGAGCAUAAAGCGUACGAGAUGUCGGACCCACCGAAACUCGAUCCUGUACCGCCGAUGGUGCUGUUGUCGAAAGAGGAGCAGGAACAAAGGCAGAUCGAGGAAACUGUUGCGGCAACGAAUUUUUUGAGCCAAAUAUUCAACAACGACGAUGUUCCCAGGACUGUGACGGAAAAGCGAAAACAGGCAACAAACUUGGAUGAGGUAACCGGCAACGUAAUCGCGCCACCCAGUGAGCAGGAGAACGACGUUCAGAUGGUUAUGCAGUCCCUGAAAGAACUUGAAGAGUUGCAACAAAUCCAUUCACCAGUAAGUGUCAUUCAGAAGCCUAGUAAAUCCUCAGCGAAUGUACAAUAUGGUAACUACCCAGAUGACUAUCAGGAGGAUCAUCAGCAUCUUUUUAUCAAGAAGGAAGACGAGGUGAGAAUUCCAAAAAAGGAGGAUACUCACUGGUAGGAUGAAAGAAACUAAAAUUCUGAGUGUAUAUGGUUUAUAUGUAUAUAUUUAUACAUACAUACAGACUUAUCGACGCCGUGCUCUGAUGCACCAGAUGAAUAUAAUGUAAACUGAUGUGUGACAAGUUUCAGAAGAUAUUCAUCACGCUGAUCACUUUGUUGUAACAAAAAAAAUGAAAAUAAAAAAAAAAACACUGAACAUGUAACUGUUUGAAAUAAUACUGAACUUCCAAGGAAUUGAAAUUCGUCCUGACUUUCUGUUAUGAAAUUUAAAAAAAAAUAAGGGGGAAAAUAAUACAAAUAAACAAAGUGGAUAAAACACGAUUAAAUUCUAUCAUUAAACAAUUAUAGUAGGACACUGUUUUUAUCAUCAUAUAAUAAUAAAUCGUAAUGUAUGGUAAAUUUUCGUAAUAUGAAAAUUAUUAAAUGGUUUUGUGCGGCAAAGGAAAAUAUGUUUGUACGCUAAAGUGGUGACAAAACAGAGGAUUACAUUUUUCCACUUCUUUGCACUAAACUUUUACCCUAUGAUAAUAAUAUCAAUAGUCUCUCACAAUAGAAGCAGCAUUUAUAAUAGUAUGUGACGGUAAUUGUUAUUUCUACUGGAGAAUGGACAAAUCAAUUAUUGUAGUAAUAACAGUAACAAUAAUAAUAACUAUAAUAAAAACGUGACGCCACGAUAUCAUUUCAGAAGAGGAAGAAAAUAAUUGAAAUCAAACUCUGUUGAGUAUUUGUUAUUCAAUAUCCAGUAUAAUAUUACUAGACAUAUGAAAAUAUAAAAUACCAAAUAAAAUGGAGGACGUUGGUGUAUUAUAAAUAAUAAUAGAUGAAUGAGAUAAAGUGUAAAACCAAUGUGAUUCAAAAGCAUAUUUAUUGUGCCUAAUUUCGUGCUCGAUCAAUGGAAUAUUUUGCUAUUACAUACAUGAUUCGCAAUAUAUAUUCCAGAUCUCAGGCUUCCCAUGAUCCGCUGAGUUCUGUCUAUUUUUUUUUUUUUUGAUACGUGUGUGUAUCUCAUGAAUUAUUGUCUAACGUUUAUUGUGUGUCGCUGGUCCUUCAAAUCUGAACAUAUUUCUUACAAUGUUCUGCGAUAUAUUAAUUCUGGUCAAAAAAUUUACCAAUUGUGUGACACGUUGGUAAUUCUAGUUCAGGGCACAAAAUUUUUUCCUUUCUAUUUUGAACACGGAGGCUGCGAAACUCGCCUAUUCUAUAAUUUUUAGGAUUGAUUCAUUCCAUGCUCCCUGCCCUUAUUCUCUGCUGUAUUAUUAGCUUGUAAUAGAGGCGUUUCAUGGCUGAAAAUUUAAUCAGAAAAAAUUCUCGGUGUGGUUGCUGUUAUUCCAAGUGCUAGUAGUACAGCGAUAAGUUUUUAUGAUCUAUGCACUUGAUUUGAGAAAAUGAAACCAUUAUUAUUUGUGUGUGACGGCAAGUUUUUGCAGUGUACAAAACAAAUGAACAUCAUUCGUUGUAACGUACAUAUAACGUACAAAUAAUAUGUAAAAUAUUGCUAGACGCAUGAGCGUUGACUACAUAUAUGCAAGGGAAAUGAAGAAUCUUUAUAGUUUUUCAAAAUUAAAAAUAAAUGGCGAUUUAUCUACCAUCAGUAGGUAUUGGAAAGAAAUAAUUUUAAAUUAUAUUGGCAAGAUGGAGGAAAG